AUGUCAUCAGUAUCCUAUUCUUACUCUAUUGAUGUUUCCGAAAGUUAUGCUUACUCAGAAGCAAGAAUCAAUAAUAAUCCUGGCGUAACUCUUUCUUGGAAAGACCUUUGUUAUACCAUAACCGAUCCAAAAACAAAUAAGAGUAAAAAUAUCGUUGAAAAUGUUAGCGGAUAUGUGAUGCCCGGUGAAGUUAUGGCUACGGGAAAGUCAAGUUUCUUGGAUUUGUUAGCGGGACGCAAAGACCCAAAAUUCGUUUCAGGCGAAACAUAUCUUAAUGGCCAGCCGGGUCAAAUUAAAUACGUUUCCACUUAUGUUAUGCAAGAUGAUGCUUUAAUGGGUGUUUUGACUAUACGAGAAAAUAUUCGAUUUGUAGAAAGUUACGUCCAGAAUAUUAUUGAAGAAUUUGGUCUCGAACGUGUGGCUGACUCGAAAAUUGGCACAGUCUUUGUUCGUGGAGUAUCCGGUGGUGAAAAACGUAGAUGUGCCAUUGCCUCCCAGGUGAUUACCCUACCAAACAUAAUCUUCCUUGAUGAGCCUACUACUGGUUUGGAUUCUGCCGCUGCAUAUAAUGUAAUGAAUGCUAUCAAGAAUAUGGCACAAAGACAUAAACUAACAGUAAUUGCUAGUAUACAUCAACCAUCAACUGAAACCUAUUCAUUAUUUGAUAAAUUGCUUAUACUUGGAAGUGGAAAAACACUUUACUUUGGUGAACGUGAAAGUGCUUUAACAUAUUUUGAUGAAUUAGGAUACGCAUGUCCAUCUUAUGCAAAUCCUGCGGAUCAUUUUCUGAAUUUAGUAAAUUCGGAUUUCAUGAAAGAUCGUUUAGAAGCUGAAGAUCAUAUUCAAAAUUUUACUCAAUUAUAUAAAGGUUCAACAUACAAAGUAGAGACUGAUUCUCAAAUUACAAACCUCCUCGAAGGUACUAAAAAUGAAGAAGAUAAAAUAACAUCCAAAAAUCAAUCUGGCUAUCCCCGUAAUUUCUUUUCGCAAACCUAUAUAAUUAUGAAACGUUCGACACUUAAUGCUUCAAGAAAUAUUUUAGUGUUCUGGAUACGUGUAGCAAUGUAUGUUACUUUAGCACUUUUAAUGGGAUCCACAUGGUGGAAAGUCGGUCUUGAACAAAAGAAUAUUCAAGAUAGAUUUUCAGCACAUUUCUUUUCCGUGGCAUUUCUUGUAUUCAUGAGCGUUGCCGGAAUUCCAGGAUUUCUUGAAGAACGCCUUGUAUUUCAACGUGAACGCGCCAAUAGAUUUUAUUCAGUUGGACCAUAUGUUUUAGCAAAUACUAUAGUAGCGAUUCCAUUCGUAUUAAUAAUAGCCAUCUCAUUCUCAAUAGUAGCUUAUCCAAUGAUUGCUUUACAUCCAGGAUUUGGACAUGCAGUAACAUUUGUGUUGUUGUUAUUCUUAGCAUUAUUUGUAGCUGAAUCAAUGGUUGUAUUUGUUUCAUCAAUUAUACCAAUAUUUGUAGCAGCUUUAACAAUUGUAGCAUUCGCCAAUGGAUUCUUUAUGGUGGUCCAAGGAUUUUUCGUUAGACGUGAUAGUAUAACGAAAAUAUGGAAAUGGGCACAUUAUAUUGAUUAUCAAAAAUAUGCGUUUGAAGGAAUAAUUAAAAACGAUUUUAUAGGGUUAACCUUUCGUUGUGCUAAUGAAAAUGGAACAUGUAAUUGUAUUUAUGGUAAUCCUACUUCACCAACUUGUACAUUUACGGGUAAAGAUGUAUUAGAUUCAUAUGGAUAUACUGAAAUUGUUAUUUGGAAAUGGGCGCCUACUACUGGACCAAUAUUUCCUUGGUCACAAAUAAAACUUGAAAAAUUAAAUCCUUUUCCCCGUUAUGGACAUUCAUCUAAUGAAUGGACAAAUAAUAAUCAAAUAUUUUUCUUUGGAGGAAUUGUAGGAGGGAAAGCUCAAAAUGACAUUUUCAUGUUGGAAACAACAGGUGAAAUACCACUCGCAAGAAGUAAUCAUUCACAAGUUAAUAUUGAAAAUAAUAUGAUAAUUACUAAACAUUGGUCAAAGAUUUUAAUCCCAAUAACAACAUCUGCUGGACGAUAUGGUCAUUCUGCUAAUAUGAUUGGAAAUGUAAUGUAUAUAUUUGGUGGACAGAAUGAACGAGGAAUUUAUUUUAAUGAUUUAAUUACAUUUGAUCUAAAAGAGCCAAAGACAAAUGAUUUAGGUUGGAAAUUUGUUGUACCUAUAAAUGAACCUCCAAGUGUAAGGGCUGGUCAUUCAGUAUGUUCUUAUCAAGAUAAUCUUUAUGUCUUUGGAGGAACCGAUGGUAUAAAAUGUUAUAAUGACUUAUGGUGUUAUGACACAAAAAAUAAUUUUUGGACAGAAAUUAUAUGUGAAUGUGCUACUCCAAUUCCACGAGAAAGUCACCGUGCCUCUUUGAUUGAUGAUGUAUUUUAUAUAUUCGGUGGGAGAACCAUUGAAGGAAAGGAAUUGUCUGAUCUGGCAGCUUUCAAAUUAAAUUCCAAACAAUGGUUUAUGUUUCAAAAGAUGGGUCCAUCACCGAGUCCUCGAUACUGGCAUACAAUGACAUCUUUAGAUAAAUUGAUUUUAAUUUUUGGUGGUGAAUCAUCAAUGCAAACGACGAAACCAGAUGAAGAAGGAACGAUACAUGUUUUAGAUACUACAAAAAUAAAGUAUCCCGCAGGAACGUUCCCAGGAACAAUGUUUCAACAAAAAAGAUCUCAUCAUUCAAGAUCUCUUUCUGAACCUCCGUUAUUAUCAUCUUCUACACCACGCACAAUAUCUUCUCCAAAACAAUUAUCAUCUCCUAAAUUAAAUGAUAAAAAUUAUCAAAAUCCAUUUUUCUCUCCACCACAAUCUUCAACCACACCUUUACAUGUUUAUAUAUCCAAAGGAAAUACGGUUGAAAAUUUACAACAACCUUCUUCAUCUUUAUCUGUAAAUAAAUCUCAAAAUCUUUUAUAUAGAUCUAAAACUUUUAGUGAUUACCCUUUACAUAAAUAUUCUGAUUUAAUACAAUCAAAUUCUAAUUUAAAAUCAAAUAAUAAUUCGAUUUCAAAAAGUCCAAAUGUAAUUCCUCCAAAACGAAUAUUAAGAGUUAGACCUGGUGGACCUAAAAGAAUAUUGAAAAAUCCAAUAUUGGAAGUGAAUACUAUGAUACCUUUUAUUGAUAAAGGAAAAAGUGUUGAUAGAAAUAUAAUAGAUAUCAAUUCAAAAGAGAAAGAAUCUAAAGAAUCUAAUAAAGAAUCUAUUCCUGAAACUACUAUUAAUCAACUAAGUAAUCAAAGUAUUCAAAAUAUUAUUAAUAUCGAAAACCGUAAUCUUGAAAAUGAAAACAACAGAAAAAGACAAAAUCAAAAAUUAAUACAUGCUUCAAACGACAAAUUAAUAAAUACAGAAAUUCUUCAAGAAAAUUUUGAUGGAAUAAAUGAUGCUAUUCGAGAUAAUAUCAUAAUUGGGACAUUAAUUAACCAAGACGACAUUAUAUCAGAGACAUCAUCAAUUAAUCGAGACGACGAUAUUAUAGAAGAGACAUUAUCAAUUAAUCAAGACGAAAUUAUGACAGAGAACUCAUCAAUUAAUCAAGACGACGAUAUUAUAACAGAGACGUCAGCGGCGGCUUUCAAAAGAGCAUCUCUAAAAACAAAAUUUCCUCAGUUGACCAUAAAUACUCUCAAUAAUUUUAAUCAAAAUUCAAGAAUUUUUAGUAAUAAUUUUAUCACUAAUCCAAUGGAUGUAUAUUCAUCAUCAAAUUCCGAUUAUAUUGAAAAUUAUAAAGGUACAGUGAAUACUUUAUCAAAUUUGGAGAGAGAAAAUUUUUUAGAAAGAUUACAAGAUCAAGAUUUAUUAAUAGCUGAAAUGAAAAAAAGAGAAAUUUGGUUUAAGGCUAAACUGGUUUUAGCUAAAAGAGCGGGAUAUCUUUUGGAAUUUGAAAGUGAUGAUGGUGCUGACAUACCUGAAGGAAUAGAUUUAGAAAAUUUAAUGGACAUUGGAAAAACUGGUUCUGAAAAAUUUAAGGUUAUUGAAGCAAUUGUUCAAUUGAGUCAACAAUUGCAACAAGCAAAGGAAACCAUAGCAAAUCAAUCUAAAAUAGCAUCUCAAAAGAUUUCAGAUUUUGAAAGAAUGUACAAUGAAGCUUUAAAAGAAGCCGUUAACGUUGGAAUGAUGAAACAUGUCAUGUCUGAAAAAAGAAAUCGUAAAUCAUCUUUAGCAACUCGAUUUAAAGAAAUUGCAAAACGUUGUGAUGAAUUAGAAGCUUUACACGAAGCUGCACAAAUUGAACUUAAAAAUUCAAUAUCAAGAUAUAGAGAAACUAUACAGAAAGCAAAAGAAAUUCAAGAGAAUGAAGAGUUAUCAGAAGGCGAAGAGUUCUCAGAUGUUGGGAGUAGCGUCAGUGGUUAUAAAUCAGCAUCAAUUACAAGUUCUAUAGAAUUAGAACAAGAACUUAGAAUGGUCGAAACAAAUACAACAAAAACUCAAUUACAACUUCAACAACUUAAAUUGAAAUUAAAUCAAGUUGAAUCUGAUUAUCAAGCAGCUGUUAAAUAUGCUCAAAGUACAGAAAAUAUGUUACAAAAAAUGAAAGAAGAAUUAACACAAGGUAAAAAUGAUAUUGACAAUUUAACUCAGAAAUUAAUUACGGUAGAAACACAUAAUAUCGAAUUAGAAGAUAAAUUAUAUCAAUUACAAAAAACACUUGAUACUCAUGAUAAUACCAGAAAUUCUAUAUUACAAGAAUACGCAAGUGAACAAUUAUUUGAACAACAAUCAAUAUUUUUAAAAGAGAGAGGACAAUUACAACAAAAGAUAGAUGAUUUACAAAUGAAAAUUAAUAUUGUACAAGAUGAGAAAAAUCUAAUGGGACAAGGAUAUGAAGCGAUAAGAAGAGUUUAUGAAUCUUUGAGAAAUCAAAAUGAAACACUUAAAAAAUCCAAUAAAGUGUUAAAACAAAAAACAUUGUUAACAGAGAAAAUGGAAGAAGAACUAGAGGAAGAAUUAGUAAGAACAUUAUUAAUAAACAAACAUCAAUCUCCAAUGGAACCACAACAAAUUACUCGAAGGGAACAAAAAAAACAAAAUGAACGGCAACAUGAUAUAGGUGAAUUUUUAGAAAUACAAAAGUGGGAAGAAGAAAGAAAAAUUAUAGAAGAACAAAUUAAUCAUUAUCAAUAUAGGAAUAAGAGAUUAGUUAAGAACAACGGAGAACUGGAACAAAAAGUUAUAGAAAAUGAAUGCAAGGUAUCUAUUUUGUUAGAUCAAAUGGAAAAUGUAAUGGAUACAUAUCGAAUAAUAGAAGACAAAAUCAAAGAUUUACAACAAGAGAAUUCUAACAAUUUAUUAAAGUUUGUUAGUGAUAAAAAUAAUUAUCUUCUAGAAAACUUCGAGAUCAAUAGAUCAAAAUCUAUAACACCAAAUGUGGAUGAUGAUGAUGAAUCAGCGUUAUCGGAUCCUGUAUAUGAAGGCGAAAUUGAAGAUAAGAUAAAUAAGGCAUAUCCAGAUUUAACUAAUUUUGUUAUUCCCGAAUAUCCGAAUUCACCAUUGUCUUCAACAACCGAAAAUUCGGAAUAUAUAACAUUCGGAAGAUUAGAAGAACCUGAUAAUUUAGAAUUGGAUAAAAUAGAAGAAGAAAAUUCCGAUGAUUUAUAUGAAGAGAAUGAAGAAGAAUUUUCUAAUGUAAAUAAUGAAAAAGAGGAGGAAGAACUUGAGAUAUAA